GUGUUUAUUUAGGAAAGAGGCUCGACACCGGAAGAGGGUCCCUUGUCCAUGAGAAUGCACUUUCUUUCUUAACAGUCUUGUUAUUGUUUUCAGUUAGACAGUGACACAACACCGACCGGUAGCACCAAUUACCUUAUGCGAUUAAGGGUUUAAUUACUCCUUUACUUUUUAAAUUUUAAAAUAGUGUAGAAUCUUUUUUUUUGUCCGUUAAAGUUUCACGAUAAACUUUUUGAUAAAGUUUUGUUUGCUAGCUACCGGUAAGUUAGCUAGCUGUCGGUGGAUGUGAGUCAGCAGCUGUCUUUUGAAGAAGUCCUUUUGUCAUAUCAUGGACCAAGCUAGCUCUUACCCUGUAUUACUGUACAUCUACGACCUGUCCAGAGGCAUGGCGCGUCAGCUGAGUCCUGUCAUGCUAGGGAAACAGCUUGAUGGGAUAUGGCACACUGGCAUUGUGGUCCAUGGAAAGGAGUUCUUCUUUGGAGGAGCAGGCAUCAACAGUUGUGCACCUAGUGGCACUCCCUUGGGUGAUCCAGACUCCAUGGUGGACCUGGGCUCCACUGAGGUGCCCGAAGAGUUAUUCAUGGAGUAUCUGACUUCACUAGCAGAGUCAACAUACAGAGGUGACAAGUACAACCUGUUGGAGCACAACUGUAACACUUUCAGCAGUGAGGUGGCUCAGUUCCUCACGGGUAAAAAGAUCCCAUCUUACAUUACUGACCUGCCAGCGGAAGUGCUUUCCUCGCCUUUUGGCGAGGUUCUUCGUCCUUUGCUGGCCUCCGUUUCCGUUAACCCUGGAGGCAACAACUUCACUGGACAGCCAUAGAUGAGUCUCCAAUCGUUAAAGAAAAGGCUUUCAUUUGAGUGCUCAGGUGAGAAGGGAAACUCACCACCAGGCAGCAACCACCCGACCCUUCAUAACAUCUUGCUCUUUAUAUAUACAUUCUCAUACUUUAUGAAGGUGCCUUAUUAUGACAGAGUGUAGUUUAAAGCCUCCCACAAGAUGCCACAUUUCCUUCACUGCAUCGCCACCUUUUGGUGAAAUUUGUGUUUACUAUACACACCCAGGCUUUUUUAAAAAAAACUCUUUUUAACCUCAGGGAUGCUGCUUGUUACAAUUUAUUUAAUUCUUCAGAUAUAGGUUCAAAAUUUGUGCUUUAUUUUCUCUUUAUAACACAAAAAGACGUUGGACAUCCCAAAGGCCACUCACUCUUGACAGUACUCUUAAUGAUCUGUAUCACACCCUCACACAGUCAGUAGUACCUGUUGAUCCAUUCUCCUUGUUUUUCUUAAUUCUAUAAUGUUUUCAGUUUUAUUCAGUGGUCAUUAAUGUGACAUGACUGCAGUCCAAGCAUCAGUCAAACUUAAAGGAAGAGAGCCGCUCUCUGCCAGCCUCUCCCCUCAUGUAGUGAUUCAGAAAACACAGUUAAAGCAGAUUGAAGGGGUUGUCUUUGUUGUAUACACAUAAGCUCUGAAGUGCUUCAUUCAGGAACCUCAAGUGAACACAGAGCACUGACUUCUUUGAAACCAGGACCAAUCAUUUGUACAUCUGUCUGUUGUUUCACCUGAAAAAACUUAGAAUUUGCUCUCUGUUUAAGCACACCGACUAAUAUCAAUGUUUUUUUGAAUUUUGUAUUUACAUGAUUAAGCCGGGUGUCGUAAAUAAUAUUCAAUAAAGACAAUUUACUGGCAGCCACAUAACCUGCAGUACUGCAUGACGCUUAAUCUUUCCCUUGAAGUCCAAAAUAUCGUUGAUGCCCUCAGUGUUUUGAUCAGUUAGUUCUUCUGUCUUUAUGAUACAUAAUGUUAGUAUGGUUUUAACUUAUACUAUUAAACCUACUUCAUCCUUCUUACAGGGUGUCUGGAGGUAGUUAAAAAUAUAUAUUUUUCCUGUACUCAAAUUGUAAAUAUAUGCUCCUAAAGUUUAUGAAAUUGAACUGUGUAAGAUUUGAUGGGAUUUUUAUUUUUGCAAUGAAUUGAAUAUUUCAGGAAGAUGCCUGAUGGAUGAUUCUAAUCGAGCAGAUAGUAUACAUUCUUUUCUAUAAAUACAUGCUGACCUGUGUAGAGCUACAGUAUGUAGAGAAAAGUUCAUGCAUGAUUAUUGCAGAAAGGAGUCUGAAGUUUUGAAUGAAAGGCUUUCAGAACUAAAUUUGAUUUGACACCCUGCACUUUGUUUAACUUGUGAUAUUUGAACUUCACUUAAGUUGUAACAUUAAAAUAUCCUUUGUAUCUUAAAAUCA